AUGCCCGGGAUAAUGGCACCGCCAAGCAAGCCGCCCUUCUUCCCGCCAGACAGACCUCCAGUUACUCCGCUGACAGUACUGACGGCACCAGCGACUGGGAGUGCGCCGCUCGAUCCGCCAACAACGCCACCGGCAAGAUCACCAAUCGUCGUGGUUACGGUGCCAACUGGCCCGAGCCCGGCCUUGGCCCCGCCGGCAAUGCGACCGGUCAAGCCGGCCACGUUCAGCACCAGUCCGCCAGCUGGGUUGCCUGUCGAUCCCCCGCCGGUGAUGCCACUGGCAAGCCCAGUGACUGUCUUGGCCACAUCACCAACUGGCAGGGGGAGUCCGCGCUUCUGUCCACCACUGGUUGUCUGA